AUCAAUCAAUUUAUCGUACAAACACUUCACCACGUGUUUACAGGCGAGUUAUAAGGUUAUAUAUCUGUAUACAAGAAUAAUAUAAUAACAAUCCUAUUAAAAGCGUAAAUUAAUUAAUAAAUAUAUAAAACAAUAAAAUGUAUCUCAUGUAUUAUUUGAACGAGCAAGGCGAGCGUGUGUACACACUAAAAAAAGUUGAUCCAUCUGGAAAACCAACAGUAACUGCACAUCCUGCUCGAUUUUCACCAGAAGACAAAUAUUCAAGAGAGAGGAUUACAAUGAAAAGACGCUUUGGAUUACUAUUAACUCAACAAAAAAUGCCAGUAUAUUAAAAAGUAUCACAUUAUCAAACUAAAUCAUCAAAAAUUAUAAAAUUUAUUUUCGCAAUAUUUUUUUGUCGGUUUAUAAAAAUUGUAACUUUGUCUUUUUUAAUUAUCAAUAUGAUUAUUAAUAAGUUGUUUACAUCUAAAACUAAAUAAAAGUUUCUAAAUGUAUCAAUAA